GCUACCUUUGUCCAUAGUAAGCGCUUUAUUCGCAAGUCGCCAUGGCGGCAACAGCUGUUGCGAGGCUUGAAGCUUUGGAAAUGUCUAACCAACACGCCGCGUAAUGCACCAUUUAACAAUGGAAACCAUAAGAAGGAUAGUACUGGCUUGGCCUCUUAUAGUUGGGCUAGCCUUGCUCGCCUACGAUGUCCUGAUGUACGCCGAAAGCCUUCGGGCCGGUACUCACAUCACGCAAACAACAGAGCAAACCGUGGACGUAUUACCACAAACCUUGCAGCGGCCGCUGGAGGACGCCCUGCUUACCGCCUUGUCGCCAUCCCACCUCCAUUUCACCGCCAUCGGACCCACGCUCCUACCCAACGCCGCACACCUCCUCGACACCCUGCUCGACGACGCAUUCCUAAACGCCUCUGCCACACACUGGCAGGUCAACGCCUCCGUCCUGCACUCCUCCCUUCAACUCCUACGCAGCGGCAGGGAUGCCAUCCUCCAACACCGACAUGAACUUCAACAACAACACCACCGCCGUCGCCGGCUCCACCUCUGGAACCAUCGCCAGCAACAGCAGCAGCAGUCCCUGUCCCAGCCUUCUUCUUCUUCCUCUCCCGCUGCUGCCUCCCUCUCAGACUGGUUGGCAGCUGUGCAGCAGACGCUAGCGGGCCUGCCGGCGGGGUCCAGUUCCCACCCGCAGCUGCGGAGGGGCCUUGUGGCGCUGCUGCUGCAGGCGCGGGUGGCGGCAGGGGGCAGCUGGAGCCAGUCGGACGAGGAUGCAGCAGCGCACAUCCUGCUGCAGUUGUACGAGCUGCACCGGCGGGGCGCCACCAGCAAGAGCGCGGUGGAGUACUACCACUUCUCCAAGGCGGCGGGAACCAGCGUGUGCCUCACGUCAGCCGAAUCCGGGUGCACCACCUUCUCCACCAGCGAGCAGUUCACCUGCCUGCUGCCGCCGUUCGGGGACGGACCCCGGUGGAUCAGCAGGCGGGCGCAUGAGGAGCGGUGCAGGAGAGCGCUGCCCGACUCUCCGGACUGCCCCAACCAGAUCUACUCCAAACUAGCCAAGUGGGGCAGCCGCUACCCCGCCAAGGGAGCCCUGGUGGGCUGCGGGGCGCGGGCGACAGCGCUGGCGAAGAGCGGCUUCAACUUCUAUGCCAGUGAGUAUACGCUGCGCCCCCGCGGCGGCAAGGCGGGCGCCCCCCCCGGGCUGUGUGCCCAGUUCCUCAACCUGGCGGUGCUCAGGUCCCCCAUGUCGCGGGUAUCCAGCCACCUGCGGUACGUCAUCCGGGUGACGUACGACAAACUGGGCAACCGUACGGCGCCGUACUUUGGCGGCAUGCGUCUGGCUGACUGGCGGGCGCUGCUGCCGGCUGCGCUGGACAACUAUUACGUGCGGGGGCUGCUGGGGGAGGGGGUGUUUUACACGGGUGUGGGCGGUCUGACCGAGUGGGAGCACCUGCCGGCGGCCCGGGCAGUGCUGGGGGGCAUGGAUGUGCUGCUGCUGCUGGAGGACCCCGUACUGCUAUCUCGACUGGGUCACAAGUGGGGUCUGGGUUGGAAUGCGACGUUCCUGGAGGCUGAGGGCCGGCGCGAUACGGCUUCCUUGGAAGAGGUCAACCGGAUAGUCAACACGGUCCUCCCCACCGGCGACGAGGCGGACAGUCUGGCUGCCGGCAACGCACUGGACCUGCAGCUGUACGACUUCGCCGUACUGCUGAGCAGGCUGGAUGCAGUGGUGUGGGCGGCGGCGGAGGCGGCGGGGGAGCCCACCAAGGGCAAGCGGCGAAGGCGCUGCGGCUACGUGCCAGCCGCACCCCUGCCCGCCGGCACAGCGAGCAGGGAGCAGUCCGGGGGCGGCGGCAGCAAGGGGACAGCAGGCAGGAGACACAAGCGGAGCAGCAGCCGCGGGGGUAGUGGGGCAGUGGCGGCUGCUGCUGCUGCUGCGGGCGGGCGGUAGCAGUAGCGGUGGCGGUGGUAGCGGAUUCUGCGAUAGUGGACAGGGGUAGCGGUAGCAGCUGAGUAGUAGCUGUGGUGUGUGGAGGGGAAGCAGCAAUGCCUGCUGGAUACCGGUAGCAUGGAAGAGGAGGCGUGAGCCUGUUGUUGUUUACGUAAGGUAGAGGCUGUACAGAUGACCCAUGGGUCGCUCAGCACUGGUAGACGGGCGCGCAUGCGUGAGUCCGUGCGUGUAAUGAGGAGAGGCCGUGCGCACUGGUGGGCAGCCAGCCCCGUGUCUUCAUGUGCAUGUGCUAAGUGAUUACGUGAACGAUCGCGAGCCCCUCCCACAAUCCUAGGCUGCAUGCGGCGGCUGAAUGCGGCUGAUGUUGGUGUCAUGUUGGGCAAGCCAGUUCGCAUCUGAGCGCGGGGAAGGGGAUUCUUGUGUGGUGGUACCAACAGCCCCCAGGAUGACACCUGGCACAUGGCUUGACAGGAUUGUGUGAGACCAAAGACUGGGUGCCGCAGGGCGCCUUGGUUUAGAGACGUACGGGUACCUUGUUGUGUUAGGGUGUUUGGGUUGCCAAGGGGGGUUGAUUGGGCUGGGUGGAGCUGCCUGGGUACGGUAGUGGCGUCCGUCAUGGUUGUCUCCGGUAUUGUACGACAAGAGUGUGUUGAAACUGCCCUCGUGGAGACCCAAAUUGGUGAAAUCUCAAGGACGCGUGUUUAGGUGAAAAGUGGGUGUACCGUAACAACCAAACAGCGUUUCUUUCGGGUAAUAGUGAACCGUGGGUCGGUCGGCAUUGCGGAUGCCGUGCUUGUAUGUCGUCACG